GACGUCCGAUCAACACGGGACGCUCACGCGCGCACCUCCAGCCUUAAUCACGGCGCGGCAAAGCCAAAGGCCAAAGCCCGCGCGUCGUAUAUACACGACCCGACCUGCCCCGGAGUCUACGGGACGAGAUGGCGAGCCAGGACGCGCUGUGGGCGAAGCUGUGGGAGCUGGAGCUGCAGCUCGCGGCGUACAAGCUCCUUCAUGCCCCGCCCGCGCGGUGGGAAGGGGAAGAGGAGGGGGUGCCCGCGGGGGGCGUGGUUUGCUGCCGCGGCAGGCAGUACGACGCCUACAUGCGCCGGCGCGACGCCAGGCGCGCGUCCGUCGCUGCGGCGGAGGGGGGCAAGCGGCAGCCCAAGCUGAGCAGCAGCAGCAGCAGCAAGCCGAGCCCUCUUACUGUCAAGUGCGGCUCUCGGGACACGCAGCAGCAGGCGAGGAGGGCGCCGGCUGCGUCCGCGUCCAUUCCGGCAACCCCGAGAAAGGAGCCCCGACCGCUGCUGCCCAGGAGCAGGACGCUGAGCAGCAGCGGCGCCGCGGCUGCUCCUCCCACGCCCAUGGCGAGGUCGUCGCAGCCGCACCACCACCAGAGGCGGAACAGCGUCGGCGGCGAAGUCUUGGGCGACACGCCGAGGCCGUUCCUCAGGCGUGGCAGCGGCACGGGCGGGGCGGCGGCGGCGAUGCGGUCGCCGAGCGACGCGACCAGCAGCAGCCCGAGCCCAAGGCGACCGCGGCCGCGAGACCAUUUCGUCGAGCAGGUGGCAGGCGCAGCACCGGCUGGGCGCCACCUCCGGUCCGUGUCGGAGCUGCCGUUCCACUACGCGACGCGGGCGGCGACGGAGCUCCCGAGGGCGGUGGUGGAGACGCCGCCUCCGGGUCCGGCUCAUGCGCGGGCGAGGAAGCGGUGGGGCGACGUGGAGAGCCCGCCGCCGUCGGCGAUGUUCUCGGCCGCGGCCUCCAACCCGCACAUGGACUUGGCCAAGGGGCUGAGGAAGCUGCUGAGCUACGUCAGGAAGAGCAAGAGCAGCGCCGAGACUCCUCGCCCCGGCGUCGGCGUUGGCGGCGGCGGCGGCGGGAAGCCCGUGAUGAAGGGGUGGGCAGCGGCGACAGCUUGCUCCGUUCUUGAUGGCCCGCUGGACCGUGCGAGCCUGGAGGGGCACCGGUUCCCCAUGACACGGGCAGUCGGCACCUCCGGAUGAGGACCGCGUGGCGUGUGCGCCCAAGGAAAAACCGUGACCCGGAUGACUGCACGAGGACCGCGUGGCGUGUGCGCCCAAAGGAAAACCGUGACCCGGAUGAGGCAGCAUUUGUUGUAGUUCUGUAUCGUGGCAUUGUGAUAAAAAAAAUACGUCCUUCAUCUGUCCCAAUUAAGCGUCGAAAUAUUACACGUACCUAGACGUAUUUUAGUA